AUGACCAUUUGCCUGAUAGGCACUUUCCAAGGGAAGGUGGGGGCUGAGUCGGAAGACGACUGUGAAGCCUGCUACCCGGGGUCCUACUGCCCGUCUUGGGCCCAGACCUCUGUCACGCUCUUCUGUCCUCCAGGUUGGUUCUGCCCAUUGGGGUCCGUGUCUGGAAAUCAGCCAGGAUAUCAGUGCCCACCUGGCCACGCGUGUCCAUAUGGUAGUGCUAAACCUUCCAUCUGUGACCCCGGAACAUUUCAAUCAUCAUCUGGACAAUCUGCAUGCAACAGCUGCCCACCAGGUUUUUACUGCACGGAGGGUGCAUCGGUGCCAUCGCCAUGUCCGAGGGGCACUGUUGGUCCGUCACCCGGUAUGACGUCCCUCAGUGACUGCACCUCUUGCCCCCGAGGAAACUUCUGCAACAGCACCGCUCUGACUGAGCCGUCUGGAGCCUGCAGCCCAGGAUAUUUUUGUUUACUUGGGUCCACUGAGCCGUCUCCUGUCUCCCAGCCUCAUGGAGAUAUUUGCCCCCCUGGACACUUCUGCCUUCCGGGUAGUGAUUCACCCAAACCCUGUCUUGUUGGCAGCUUCCUUCCUGAGCCAGGUGCUUCCUCCAUGUCUCACUGCCGCCCCUGCCCACCUGGGAAAUACUGCCUUGGUCCCGCAGCCUCACAGCCUACAGGUUUGUGUUCUGCGGGAUUCUUUUGUACCAUAGGUGCAGCCAGUCCAACACCACGAGCCAACUCCUUUCAGUUCAGUUGUCUUCAUGCAAUACUUUCGGAAAUAUACCUCACAAAGAUGGAGAAUGUGUCCUGGAUGGACAACAUGUCAUGUUUCCACAACUCCUGCAAUACUGAGAGAUACUCCAAGUGGGUCAAACUGGAUACUCAGUCAGAUUCACACCAUUCACCACUACACCUCAAGAGUCCCCAUUAUGGGAAAUGUGCCACAUUUAGAGGAGAUAUAUGCCCCAAGGGUUUUUAUUGUCCCGUGGGUUCUGCCUACCCGCAGCCUUGUGAAAGGGGCUCUUACUGUAACCAAACUGGCCUCGAAGCCCCAGUUGGACCCUGUGUUGCAGGAUACUACUGCCCAAGAGGUUCUGAAGACCCUCAUGCCUCCCUUUGCCCUGCAGGGCACUACUGCCCACUUGGAACAACUUUUCCACUUGCCUGCCCUCUUGGAACUAUACAAAACUCUGGCAGUGUGGAACCAACACCUUGCCAUCCGGGCAGCUACCAGCUGAGAAAGGGCCGGGGAAGCUGUGAGAAUUGCUCUCCUGGUUUCUACUGCCAAGGUCAAGGAACUUCCUCUGCACUUCUCUGCGAGAGAGGUUUUUACUGUCCGAGUGAAUCAGCAACUCCACGCCCCUGCCCGGCGGGCUCCUAUGGAAAUCUGACAGGCUUGAUUGAAGCACGGCAGUGCUCUUUGUGCGACCCUGGAAUGUACUGCCGAGGAUCAGGGAGGUCUUUUCCAAGUGGCUCGUGCGCUGCAGGGUUUGUUUGUGUUGGGGGAGCCUCUGAACCAUCCCCAGUGGACAACGUGACUGGCUUUCCGUGCCCUCAUGGUUUCUUCUGCUCUGCUGGGACUUUGGUACCACAGCCAUGCCCCAAAGGAACAUUCAGUGACCAGAGUGGGUUGACAGAUGAAUCGCAGUGUCGUAGUUGCAGUCCAGGCUUCUACUGCUCAGAGACAGGCCUCUCGGCUGUGUCUGGACCCUGCCUAGCUGGGUUUUACUGUCUCGAGGGAUCACAAAAGGCUGCACCAAUAUCAAGUGUAUCUGGAGGCGUUUGUCCAGCAGGCCACUACUGUCCAGAAGGCAGUACUGUCCCCUCACCCUGCCCAACAGGCUCCUUCCGAAAUGAGACCGGGGGAAAAGGCAAAGACGACUGCAAGCCUUGCCUUCCUGGUUUCUACCAAGAUUUCUCAGGCCAGACUGAGUGUAGACGCUGUCCUCCCGGAUUCCACUGUGAGACUCUCAGGCUAAGCUCAACCAGGGGGAGUUCUUCUGGACUAUCCAGUCCUUUGCCCUGCCCUGUUGGUUUCUUUUGUCCCAGGGAAAGUCCAGAUGGAAGGCCUGUUCCCUGCCCCAAAGGCACAUAUGGGCCCAGUCAGGGUCUCACCUCUGAAGGUGAGUGCUUAGCCUGUCCUGCAGGUCUGUUCUGUGGAUCUGAAGGUUUAGCGGAACCCUCUGGAUGGUGCCUGGAUGGAUUUCUUUGCCUGAUUGGAGCCAUGCUCCCAAACCCCACUGACAACACGACUGGGUCUCUUUGUCCACCUGGCGGGUUUUGCCAAAAGGGGCUUAAAGCGGGAAACUGUUGGUCUGGAUUUUAUUGUGGCUGGGGUUCGAGCAAGGCAGAUCAGACUCUGUGUCCGGCUGGUUACUUUUGCCCUCGUGGAACACCAGACCCCAUUCCCUGUCCCGCAGGAACAUUUAGCUCUAUUUCAGGCAACUCACACCUGAGCAACUGUACUCAAUGUACUGCUGGAUACUACUGUGAAGUUGAAGGGACUGUGCAGCCCAAACUGUGUCCCGCUGGCUAUUACUGUCCGCCAGGAAUGACACAAGGAAUGGGCUUACCCUGUCCAAUCGGUACCGUUCAGAACCAGUUUGGAGCUUCAAGCCUUGACGCUUGCCUUCCCUGCCCUGCUGGAAUGUUUUGUUCCCAGCCUGGUCUUUCCCGUCCCACAGGAUUGUGUGAGGCUGGAUAUUAUUGUCCAAGUGUAUCUACCAUCAAUCUCUCUUCUGAAUAUCAGAAUAAUUCUACCAGGAGCCAUCUUUGUCCUCCUGGUUACUAUUGCCCCGCUGGAACGAAAAAUCCAAUUCCGUGCCCUGCAGGCUCUCUAUCCAUCUCCCGAGGUCUAAAGGUCAUUGAUGACUGCCCUCCUUGCCCCCCUGGACAGUUUUGUGAUAGACCUGCAAGUACACAGCUCUCUGAUGCUCUCCCAUGUCAUGCCGGUUAUGUUUGCCUUGGCGGCAAUACUAGUCCCACCCCGUCUGACGGUUUCCAUGGCUACCGUUGCCCUGCCGGCCACGCCUGUCCUGUUGGGUCAGCCACAGCGCUGCCAUGCGAGCCUGGCACCUACAGCCCAGUUUCCGGAGCCGCCGAGUGCAUUGUAUGCCCCAGAGGAAUGAUGUGUUCCUCCUCAGCCACCUUGGAGCCCGCCAUCUGCCCACUCGGUCACUAUUGUCCCGUUGGAACAGCCCUGCCUCAACCUUGCCCUUUAGGGAUUUUCAACAAUCAGACAGGCGCACACUCCCCCUCACUCUGCACAACCUGUCCUCCUGGAUUGUACUGCAGCACAUAUGGGGCCUCAUCACCACAAGGUCUCUACUGCCCGGUGGGGUGCCUCUCUCCAAUUCCUAGCCCUGUUGGCAGCAUCCGCAACACUACUGGAGGCGUGACAAUGGAGACCUGUCCUGCAGGUCACUACUGCUCUGCCGAAGGUCUCAUCAGCCCUAGUGGGCCCUGUGCGGCUGGUUUCUACUGCCCUUUUGACUUCUCUUCAACCACUCCAUAUGCCUUCCCGUGCCCCAAGGGCCACUACUGCCCACAAGGUUCGCCCCUUCCCCUACCAUGUCCCAGUGGAGAGUACCAGCCAAAUCCAGGCUCAGACUACUGCAUCCCCUGUCGACCUGGCUUCUUUUGUGAGGAGGCCAUUGUAGGAGAGCCUCAAAUCUGCCCACCACAUUUCUUCUGCCCAGCAGGUACCAUGGUGCCUCAUCCAUGCCCAAAUGGCUCAUACAGUGAUCCAAACAAGGGAGGACUACAGGAGGCCCGGGAGUGUUUACCCUGUCCUCCAGGGCGAUUCUGCAGAGCUGGUAAGAUACAAGGCAUGUGUGCUGCAGGGUAUCUUUGCGUCUCUGGGAGUGCAGAUUUCACCCCUCAGGGAUCAUUACCCGACCUGACCCAGUGUCAGUGGGGUGUGCAGUGUGCUGGGCCAUGUCCACCAGGCUUCUACUGUCCUGAGGGCACUGAAAAGGCUGUGAUGUGUCCUGAAAACACCGUCAGAAAUUACUCAGGCGGUGCCAGCGCACAGGACUGUUUAACAUGUCCAACUCGACACUGGUGCCAAGCUGGAGAGCCGAAUCCUCGUCUGUGCCCCGCUGGUCAUUAUUGUAACGGUUUGUCUGAAGCUGACAGUGAUGGAUGGAGCGGGCCCAAGCCUUGUCCUGUGUACACCUAUCGAGCCUCUCCCGGAGCAGGCAGUAAGGGCGACUGCCUUCCCUGCCCUCCCGGUUCCCACUGCAACAGCACAGGGCUUGCAGACUAUUCCAACACUCUUUGCCCACCUGGAUUCUGGUGUAGUGGGUCUGGAGCACCCAUCUUCUGCCCAGCGGGCAAAAAGAGGAGGUUUCCUGGUGCUGCUGACCCAAGCCAAUGUGAGCCUUGCGCUGGGGGGACCUAUUGCCCAGACCCUCAGGCUACGGGGAAGCCCAAUGUGGAGGGCAUCCCAUGCAGGGCCUCUUACGAAUGCCCCAUGGGGUCAGCCUCAGAGAAGUUGUGCAGAGCUGGCUCAUACUGCGGACCACAGACUGCUGAGUCUCAAAUCUGUCCAGCGGGUUAUAUUUGUACAGCAGGGUCACGGACCUACAAUCUUCCCGAACAACUCUGCCCCUUUCCCUUCUACUGCCCAGCCAACAGCUCUUCAAUGAAGUCUUGCGAUGGAGGCUCAAAGCCUGUCAACGCCAGUGAGCUUCGAGGAUCCAAAAAGUGCUGCUGCAGUGUAUGUGAGGGUGGCACCUAUCGACCUUACCUAUCAACUGUCUUACAAUGUCUGCGGUGCCCUCCAGGAUACUUCUGCCCACCAGGCACAGACGACUACAAGCGCAAUUCUUGCCCUGAAGGAUACGUAUGUCCAUCUGGAUCCAUACAGCCGACACCUUGCCCCCCUGGCUCCUUUGGCAAUCUGAGAAAAGCGCAGACACUCACGGGCUGUCACCCAUGUCCGGCUGACACCUUCAACCACCUCGAUGCACAGAGAGCCUGCUUCCCUUGUGGCAGCUCCUCCACUUCGCCACCAGGUUCUUCGUCUUGUACCUGCAUUGGCAAAAAUCGCUCUUUUCAGCGCUCGGAUGGUGCGUGCUUGUGCAGAACUGGCUUUAUCUUUUAUAACGAGCUGGAUUUCAAAAGCACUACUUCUGAUAGUGCGCUGGACUGCCAGCCUGAGAUGUAUAUGAGGUGCGGUCCAGGGCAGGUUAGGCUGGCUGCAUCCAGAGAGUGUGUAUCACCUUCCCUUUACUCGUGUAAUGUAACCUGUGGACCAAAUGGAGGAACUCUUGAUGUGGAGAUGGGCAUCUGCCACUGUAAGCGAUACGUGUCUGCUGAGGAGCUUUGCAACACUUCCUGCCUCUCCAAAAUGCCUCAACUUUCAGCCCGUUUCUCUCCGGAUGGACAUUUGUUCCUCAGCAUCAAAGAAAAUGACAGCACACUCUGGGUCAAAACUUUAGUGGAUGUUUUAGGACCAGAUCCCCUUCCAAAGAAUAUUGGCAAAAUCCAUUUGGUUGAGUUUGACUCUCAAGGAGUGUUUGGUUGGAUUCCCAAACAAAGAGAGGACAUUGAAAUGUUUCUUUCCGAUGCCCGGGCUCCCACACGGAGAAAGAGGAGAAGUGCAGAAGGCCAUGAGUGGGACUUGCCUGUCCUUCCUCGUAUUCCAAACCCUGUUGCUUGUCUCUCCACUGGUGACAUGCUAAUUUUCCACCUAACCAUUAACCACACAGAUCGCAGUCUGAGCCACUUCCCGUUCUAUGAGAAAGACCACUUGUUUAACAGUAACCCCAGCUGGGACUUUGGAGUCUUCAGGCGUGUGCAGACACUCAUCAAGCAGUCAAAUCUGAAUAACACAUGGUUUGCCCAUGCUUUUUCGGAAACGGGGAAAUAUGUCUUUCUGGAUAGCGCGGUCCCAGAUUGGAGUUUGGUGGUCGUGGUAAGUGAGGAUGGGACAGAAUGUGACCGCUGGGCCUCGGCAUUCCAGGCAAUGACCCCAGCACAGCUUGUCAGUUAUGGAGUCAUCAAGCAGCACCAACUAAACCUUUUACCGGAUUGGAGAACAAUUGCAGGCCUCCUGAGUCUGCUCUUCGUAGUCGUAGUGGCCGUGACCACAACAGUUGUGGUUCUUUGGCCCAGCAAAUCCAAGGUGGUGUCCCAGUGGAGGACAAAGCCAAGGUGGCGCAGCCUUGGAGACCCCCCGCGUCUUGUAGAGUGCCCAUGCAGUGGAGACGGUUUAUGUGGUUCUCCAGGCAGUCGAGGCGUAGGAGAGGGAGCCGAAGCUGAGGAGCCCACUAUCUCUAAAGGAAUUGUAUCAGCGUUUUGCGAUUUGGAGGAGUUCAAUGUGAAGACGUUGUACGACAAACUGGAAGAUCAAAACCUUCACGUGGCCUCGCAGCUGGCGCGACAUCGCAAAGAUACGCAGCAGUUUUAUCGGAACAUUAAUCAACAGAUUGACGCGCUACAGAAUGUAUUUGAGGAAAUGGAUGGUAAAAAUCUGAGUCUCCUAAAUCGACUGCUAGCAUCUCAGAAUUCGACGAGCUCGAAACCAUACAAGUCUGUUAAAAAGAUUAAUGAUGAAGUUGGUGAGUCCUCAGCAUUACUGGAAGCUGUUCUCAAAUCUGUGGAGGCACUCUUAUGGAAGAUAAACCAAGAGACUUGGCAGCCCUCUCUCUCACACCAGCAUCCUGAUGCCAUGGAAUGUGAACGACAAACUCAAACCAGUAACAUCAAGACAACACCGGUUUCAUCUAUAAAUUCGACCCAAACGGAAGCACUUCCCCACGAUGCACUCCAUUUACCGAAGCCUGCUCCUUGUCUCAAUGAUGUGGAUUUAUCCAAGCUCGUCAGCAUAUCUCCCUUGUAUAAGACUUUACAAGAGAUCCAGCAAUCCCUGCAAAAUCUCAACCCAGCUGAUCCCGUUCAGCUUCUCCCCAAUGUGAUCUGGAAUUCAUCCCAAGCGAAGCCUAAAGUGCCACUCAUUCCAACUGCGCUGGACAGCCUCUCGCCCCAGCACUCCGCUGUUUUCCUAUUUGGCUGCCGGGUGAUGGAAGUGCUUGAGAAAUGCCCCUUGUUCCCCUCCUCCGUGCUCCUCACGCUGGCCAAGUGUCUCCCACUUUCGCCACAGUGCUCUGAUAACAGCCUGCUGGCACAUUGCAGGGGGGACUUUUAUUUUGACGCCGGCCAUCAAGUUCUUUAUCUGUCCGAGGCUAAGCUCGAGCACGUGGGGCAUUUUAUCGCCACCAUUCUUCAAUCCAUGGCUCACAUAGCGUCAGGAAAUGAUGCCCAGAGCUUCAUGCUAGCUCUUCAUGAGGCUGUCUCGGCUCUGAGUCUCCAACUAUUCAGCAUGUCUUUCAAACAGAGCACAGCAGAGGGUGCACUGAGUGAGGAAUUUACCAACAUCAGAUUCCCCAAAGGAGCGCACUUCACUGAGCGUCUAUUAGAUGCAAGAGUGGAGCAAUACAAGCAUUGCAUGUUAGAGCAGCUCUUUGCAAAUCUCUCACAAAGUACAACUGAGGAGAUUCAGACAGCUUUACCAGAAUACGGGACUCCAAUGGAGAAAAUGAAAAACUUCCAAGUUUCAGUGAACAAGUGGUACUACUGCCAGGAACAACAGCAUUACCCGCAGAUGAGGAGAUUUGAUUUCAAUGGUCUCCUGAGGAAGACACAGAAGACGCAACAGAAGACAGCACAGACAUAUUUGGCCAAAACUAUACCGUCAUGGACCGUGACUGAUGGCAAAAACACACCAUAG